UGCGGCCAGGAGAGAGCCCAGACAUGGAGUUCACGGCCAUCGACUACAGCAUCUUCGCCCUGCUGCUGGUGCUCUCCUCCGCCAUCGGGCUCUUCUACGCCCUGAGCGGGGACCGGCAGCGCACGGUGCAGGAGUUCCUGCUGGCCAACCGCACCAUGAGCUUCUUGCCGGUGGCGCUGUCCCUGCUGGCCACCUUCCAGUCGGCGGUGGCCAUCCUGGGUGUGCCUGCCGAGAUCUACCGCUUUGGCACCCAGUACUGGUUCCUGGGCUGCUCCUACCUGCUGGGGCUGCUCAUCCCAGCCCACAUCUUCAUCCCUGUCUUCUACCGCCUGCGCAUCACCAGCACCUACGAGUACCUGGAGCUGCGCUUCAACAAGACGGUGAGGAUCCUGGGGACUGUCACCUUCAUCUUCCAGAUGGUGAUCUACAUGGGGGUGGUUCUCUAUGCGCCCGCGCUGGCUCUCAAUGCAGUGACGGGCUUUGACCUCUGGAGCGCUGUGCUCACCAUGGGGCUGGUCUGCACACUCUACACCACGCUGGGCGGGCUGAAGGCUGUCAUCUGGACAGACGUGUUCCAGACACUGGUGAUGCUGGCGGGGCAGCUGGCAGUCAUCGUGGUGGGUGCCCAGCGGGUGGGGGGCAUGGCCCAUGUCUGGCGCCUCGCCCAGCAGGAGGGCAGGAUCUCUGGCAUUGACCUGGACCCCGACCCCUUCCAGCGGCACACCUUCUGGACGCUGGCAGUGGGGGGGGUCUUCAUGAUGCUGUCGCUGUACGGGGUGAACCAGGCGCAGGUCCAGCGGUACCUGAGCGCCCGCAGUGAGCGGGAGGCUAAGCUCUCCUGCUACGCAGUCUUCCCCUGCCAGCAGAUCGUCCUCUGCCUCAGCUGCCUCACCGGGCUCGUCAUGUUUGCCUAUGACCAGCAGCACCCCCUGGCACCCUCUGGGCGCCCCGGCUCCUCUGACCAGCUGGUGCUGUACUUCGUGAUGGAUGUGCUGAAGGACCUGCCUGGGCUGCCCGGGCUCUUCGUCGCCUGUCUCUUCAGUGGGUCCCUCAGCACCAUCUCCUCUGCCUUCAACUCGCUGGCCACAGUGACCAUGGAGGACCUGGUGCGGCCCCACUGCCCCGGGCUGUCCGAGCCCCGGGCCACGCUGCUCUCCAAGCUGCUGGCUCUUGGUUACGGGCUGCUGUGCCUGGGCAUGGCCUACGUGUCCUCCAUGCUGGGCCCUGUGCUGCAGGCAGCCAUCAGCAUCUUUGGCAUGGUGGGGGGCCCACUCCUGGGGCUCUUCUGCCUGGGCAUGUUCUUCCCCUGCGCCAACCCCACGGGUGCUGCCGUGGGGCUGCUGGCCGGGCUGGCCAUGGCUUUCUGGGUGGGCAUCGGCAGCCUGCUGCGCAGCGGGGGGGCAGCCGGGGGGACCCCCCCACCCAACGCCACCGCACUCCCCCCUGACGGCAACCUCACCACCCUGCUGGCCACCACCCUGCUGGCCCCCACACCAGCCCCCCCGAGGGGUCUGCAGAAGUUCUACAGCCUCUCCUACAUGUGGUACAGUGCCCACAACUCCACCACCGUGGUCCUGGUGGGGCUGCUGGUCAGCCUGCUCACUGGCCCCACGCCAGCAGCAGAUGUGGACCCCCGCACCAUCUAUCCUGUCCUGCCUCGCCUGCUCUGCUGCCUGCCCCCCAAGUGCCGGCGGGGGCUCUGCUGUGGGGGGGACUCCCCUGACCAGGACGCUGGCCCCAGGCACAUGGAGGCAAAGAGCAACGGGGUGGCCAACAGCCUGGGCCUCCCUCGGUGGCCAGGGGAGGAGGAAGGACAGGGCUACAUCCGCAGGGAGGGGGCCCCCACCUGUGCCCUGCAGGAGACCUCCUUCUGACCCCCCCCGGGGGCCUGGCAGCCCUGCUGGAGGACACAGACACCCCCAGACCAGGGGCAUGGACCAUGCUGGACCCGGGGACCUG